AUGAGCUUAAGACUUGGUCAGCCGACAUCCGAGCAGAGAAACCGACGGGUGUUUCUCCGCUUCACCCCCAUUGUUAAUGAGGGAACUGAAGAAGGCAAACUGUCCUCUAGCCUUUCAACAACUACGAUGACUUCGAACACGUCAUUAGUUGAGGAGCAGUCGCGCAAUAUCGCCACUAACGUCGAUUCAACCCCCAAGUCAAGUAUGCCACCUCUUCCUAUCCCUGAAAAGAUCGGGAGUAAAAGCAACACACCUCAGGGACUGCUGUCACCGCACAAAGUCAUGAAGGAAGAGGCAGGUGCCAUGCAAUCACCGGACAACAUACGCUCCCCUGGAAAUAGAAAAAAGAAAAAUGAUGAAUCUCCUGUUCGGCUAAGCACUGAUUCCUUAACUCAGCAGGAGAGUAUGCACCUUGGGACCAUAUACACUCGUUACGCCUCCUUUUCACCAAAGGAGGGUUGUUUGGUUAAUCUCCUGAAUGAUGUCACUGGUGCGGGAUCUGUUAGCGAAUGUGAUGUGUGGCUUUACCAACUUGAAAAUGUCUUGGGGGUGCCCCGCAGAGAACUGUGCGGCGGAACUCUUGGUAUCAGACCAGAAUCAUCUGAGUCCCCGAAACAACAAUCAUAUGGACCCAGACGCAUGUUGACGUAUGGUGAGGUGUUGCGUUUCGCAACCUGGUUGAAGUCUGCGCAUAAAAUGCGCAUUGGACCAAGACAUGCGUCACUGCCGUCUAAUUCUACCCCGGUGAAAGGUGCAGGUAAAGCGGCCGAUGACACACCAAGUAAGACUGCCACGCAUUCCGGGCGAGAGGUAAAAAAACUGGACGGCAUUAAGAGGCCAAAAGAGAGUGCGAAGUUCAAUAUUGGCUCUGGAAAGGGAAAGCGGGAUAGUGGACCCUCCAGGCUGUUCACACCAACUACGGGGAGUAGUGAAGUUCACAUGCCCUCCAUUGGCAAACGACCGGGUUCGACAUCUGUUAGCACGACCACACGCGGUUACAAUUUGGAGUUGCAAUCUUUCGCCGAAUUGGGCGGUGGCUCGGAUGGCACCGGAACCAUCCGCCUCAUUGAUUUGAAGCGGAUGUUGCAGUCUUUCAGCAUCGAGGCCACCUUUGGCACGUGUGUGGGACGGGUGAUUGAUAAAAAUAACACGGGAUGCAUUACCUUUGAAGAGUUUUUGUGGGUUCUCGAGUUUGGUGUGCGAGGGAUGGGCCCAGCGGCUGCUAUCCAUGACCAUCUGGCUGCGCCUCUCACACCUCAAAAUGUAGUCACGCCCCCAGUAUCCACGGAGAGGUCUCCGGCCUCUGGCAACAAAGGGAGGUCGACCAAACCGUCACCAUCAAAAAAAGGCCGACUGGCGGCAACACUUGAAGCAAUACGCAAGUCAUUUGCAGCCCAGUCCGAGAAGUUGUCUCCAUAUUUGACCAGCCUCAAGACCGAGCGCAGGUCGAGGAGCGGCAGGCGGUCACCCAACAACCUUCGAAAAGACCGCAGGAAGCUGAGCAUCUCACCCUGCCGAGGUCUGCUCACACGCUCUACGCCCGGACGACGCUGUUCCUCACGCAAGAAGAGCCGUGGUAGGUCUCCGACAAAUAGAGGUACCGGCAAGAGAUUACAUACGGCCAGAAAGGAUGUAGCACUCGGGGCGUAG